GGUGGGUGAAACCGACGCGCUGCCUUCAGGAAGUGUCCUCAUACCAGCAGAGAGGAGCUGUGACAGGUCGGCUGGUCGUCAGGGUGGCGUGAAACCGACCACUGGCUUUCUCCAAAAAACACUCAAGAAAACCGGGAAUGAAAGAUAACGACCUGGUGUGGAUUUGUAGGUGGUAAUUCUGGAGUGUCACUGACCAUCAGUUGUGGAGGAUCACCAGGGAAGAUGUCACUGAUACCAGUUGUGCCAGAGAACCACAGUCAUGUACUGGCAGAGUUUGACUGCCUCGAUCCACUUCUGUCUGCACUGCGGCUAGACUCCGGCAGGCUCAAGUGUACAUGCUUGGCAGUGUCAAGGAAGUGGCUGGCAUUAGGAACAUCAGCAGGGGGGUUGCACCUGAUUCAGAGGGAGGGCUGGAAGCAAAGGAUCAUCCUCACUCACAAGGAGGGAUCUAUCACUCAGGUGGCAUGUUGUCCUCAUGAUGAAGAUUUUAUUGCUGCCGCAACAAGUCAGGGUCUGGUGGUGGUGUGGGAGCUGCAGCUGGAGCGGCGGGGUCGUCCAGAGCGAGUCAGUGUGUCCUGGGAGCACAGAGGUCAGGCCAUCACUGCACUCUGCUGGGACACCAGCGCGCUCAGAGUUUUUGUCGGGGACUCAGGAGGCAAGGUGUCCUUCCUGCGUGCAGGAUCCUCCAAACUGGGCAAGGGGUCAUUUGUUAUCUUCCCUGUUCAGACUGUUACCACUGUAGACUCCAGAGUAGUUCAGCUUGGGUACCAAGAUGGCCGCCUGCUUGUGUCUUCCCUCAGCCGCUGCUAUCUCUGCGACACAGAGAGGGAAAAGUUCUGGCGUGUUGGAAAUAAGGAGCGUGAUGGGGAGUACGGGGCUUGUUUUUUCCCUCAGAACAGGGGAUUAUUAGUUGGUCAGCCACCGCUGCUGUACUGUGGCCGACCGGGGUCUCGAAUGUGGGAGGCCAGUUUUAAUGGCGAGGUUCUGAGCACCCAUCAGUUCAAACAACUACUGGCCUGUCCUCCACUACCUCUCAUAACUUACAGAAAUGAGCCACAUUACAACCCAGGGCAGAAGAGCCCCCAGUCAAUUGCCUUCCCUAAACUGCUUUAUUUGGGAGACCAAAACCUGCUGACAUGGACUGAUUCAGCCAUUUAUAUCUUCACACCUCAGAAUGGACAAUUGCUUCUGUGGACUGAAGUCAAAGACUUGGUUGAUAUCGCAGUCUACCGCAGUGAGCUCUUCUGUCUCCAUGGUAGCGGACGUCUGUCCCACCUCUCCCUGUUAUCUGCAGAGCGCUGUGUUGAGCGUCUUCUGCGUAGGGAGUCCUGGCCUCUUGCUGCUAUCAUCUGCUGUAUGUUUCAGCACACAAUCACCACCAGCAGGGCCAGGAAAUCCAUUCCCAUCGACCGCCUUGAACAUCUCAAGUGCCAGCUCAGUUCCACCACACACAUGGAGCUGACUAGCCAGCUGGAGGAAGUCAUCGCUAAGCUGGAGCCUCUGGACUCCGCCUCCAGCAGCCGCAGGAGCAGCAUCUCCUCACAUGAGAGCUUCAACGUCCUGGACUGUGGAAUCUAUCGUGUGAUCAGCCGCAGAGGGAGCCAGUCGGAUGAGGAGACGAGCUCCCUCAUCAAUCAGUCCAUGUCAGAAGAGGAGAGGCUCAAAGAGUUCAGUUUUGUGCAGGAGGAAGAUCAGGUGGAUCAAGAUCCACAGAGCAGUGAGCGUCUGGAGGCUGAGCGAUCUGAGCAAGGCCUGCAGUUCCACCUCCCCCUUUCAUUCCGCCCCAAACCCCCUCGCAUCGCACUGCAGGCCGUCAGAGACAGUGUUUCUAGUUUUGUUAAGAAGACAACAGAGAAGAUCAACACCCUCCAGAUGAACUCUGAACUCUGGCAGCGGCCUGAAUUUAGAGAGGGCGGACAGUCCGAAAUGUCAGCCACCACAGCUGCAUACUCAGAAGAAAUGGAAAAUGAAGUUUAUGAUGAAAUGCCUAACACGGAGGCCGACAUGCAGGAACUUCGAUCAGCAACAGAGCGAACUAUCUCCCAGAUCCAAGAUCCUUUGGUGCUACUAGAUCCAGUCUGCCUGGGAGAAAUUCUGCUGGAGUGGCUGCCAGUGUUGGAGCGAAUACUCGGACCUGCAGAUCUUGGGUCAGUUGCUGUCAGUGACGCAAACAUGGAUGGACCAGCAGAGGAGAGAUGGGAGAGGGAUUAUCUAAACUCCUGCUCAGAGCAGCCGGAGGAGUCUUCCUGCUCAUCAGGAGAGGCAGCAGAGAACAUUACAGAGGAGAAGAAAGAAGAGUCCCCUCAGAUCAGAGAGCGAGAGGACCAGUGUGGCUCCACGGAGAAGGUGUCUGAAGUGUCUAAUUGGAGCCAUCCAGAGCCUGUGCGUGUGGUGUCCCCCAAACCUGUACCAUCAGAUCUCCUGGCUAAUCUCACACAGCUGGCCACAUUAUACACAGAGCUGAGCUGCUUUAGAAACCAGGAGCAACCACAAGCAUUGGGCUGCACAAUUUUCCUGCGCCGUUACUUCUAUCUGCUGGAUCAAGAGCGCGUGAGAAAGAUGUGCCUGCUGUGUUACCAGGAGCAGCCGGAUGUGCAGAGCUCCUUCGUUGAGGGCAUGCUAGAUCUGACUCAGUCCAGUAAGGUGGUGGAGGUUAUUCAGAGAGGUGAUUUACUGAGAUCCCUGCGCAGUCUGAGAGAGCUGCAGCCCUGGAGCACACCUCCUCUCCUCGCUCACUUACACAGGCUGUAUGAGAAGCACGGGGAGGCAGCUGUACGCUCGUUUUCCCAGUUCUAUCCUACGAUAACUCCUGCUGACGUAAUGACCAUGGCUCAGAAAAGCCACUUCCUGGCCUACCUGGAUAAUUUGGUCCAAUCACGAACUGAGGAGCACAGGUUGUCAUUUUUGCAAUGCCUUCUUGAACCAGAAUCACUGAGACAGGAUUGGUUGGAGCUGGCACUUACCCAUGAUGCUCCUCAACACUGUGAUACCCUAACCCCUGAUGGACAGCCCAGGUGGCAUUCACAUUGUUUCAGUUGGGGUUACGGACGCCUGCUGUCUCUGCUGAUUCGUCUCCCUGCAGACCUGUCCUCCAAGCAGAAGAUGGCAGAGACAUGCCGCAGUCACGGAUACUGGACGGGCUACCUCUACCUCUGCUGUGAGCUGCAGCGUCGCACAGAGGCGUUCUCCACCAUUUGUCAGCUGGAUGACAUCAGCCUGCUGGAGGAACCUGAGGGUGUUGAGCCCCAGACCUUGGAUGAAUGGAAGCUGUUGAUCCAGUUGUCUCAGCAGCGCAGCAGUGUGGGAGACUCGGAGCAGGUCGCAGGUGUGAAUGGGAGCGGCUGGUCUAACGGCUCAGCAGACUGUGGAGGAAAGAUGAGCCUGGAGAACCUGACCCUGAUGCUGGCUCGGACGGCCGGACCUGACCGAGCCCUGGCCGUCCUGGAGGAGUGUGGGGUACAGUUGGUUCUUUCCCCCCACUCCAAACUGGUCUGUGAGCUCCUGAGAGUCACUGAGAAGAGGCAGAGGGCGAUGAUCCAGACGAUGCUCGAGCGCUGCGAUCGGUUCCUGUGGUCCCAGCAUGCCUAACUCCAGAUCAGCGCUGUGUGGACAGCAGCUUCUCUAACAUAACUAACACUGAAUGUAAUGUAAGUGUAACUGCUGUUGAAGCUAUGGCUUAAUUUAUGCACUGUGAUAUUUAUCAAAGCUUUCCAACUCGAAAUGAAGGUACUUAACUCCCCAGUGAAAGCAGUAUUAUCUUUUUAACUUUUAGUUCAUAUUUGUUUUGCACGGAUCUUUCCAGUUUUAUCCUCUUCAUUCCAUUUACUUGCCAAUUGUAUCAAUAUUCAGGUGUAGUUCAGGGUAUCAUCACAUUACUCUUUUUUUAAUGACUGAGGUUAAGCAUGUACAGUAAUCAAAUAUUUCAUGUCCCAAAAAACUGUCAGUAAUAAUAGUGAAAUGUUUAACCAGGUGAUAUUAUGUGAAUAAAACUGUG